CAUGUCGGAAGAAAAUACUGAAAAAAUCACUUUCAUUUUGCCAACACUACAAAAAUUAGGCUCUUUUCAAAUAGCCGAAGAACCGGCAUCAUCAAUGCUUGAAAGCAUUUACUGGCAAACGCUUGGUUGGGUUCACACGCCUUCUUUCAAAGGCAUUGAUUUGAGAAAAACGCAUAGCACCUUAUUAGUUCCAGAAUCAAAACUUGUCACUGAUUCGUCACGGCUUUAUUUUGAUAAAAGCUUUCGUCCUAAAAUACAAGUCGAGAACAAAGUACCAUACGGAGUUCUUCCGAGAGAAAUAGCAGAAGAAAUUUUUAAAAGACGAAUCGCUAAACAGGAUUUGAACACCAUUCUCAGCGAAAUUGGCUUGGAACCCGAUAUUAUUCGCCCACCUUUAUUGUAUUACAAAGAUAAAUUUUGUUUUCUGAAAACAAGUUUUGAUGAGGGAAUCCAAAUGGAACCUUUCCUUCCUCUCCAUUUAUUUGAUGACGAAUGGUAUUAUGAAACGCGAUCGCCUGAAGAAUGGGUGACUUUAGGACAUUCUGAUACCGAAAAAAGACCAGUUCCUGCUACUGCAUUUAUUCCAGAAGAAACGGAACAGCAAAACAAACAUUUUGAAUGGCAAAAGGUAGCAGUUUUAGAUUACUACGAAGAAAGAAAAUUAUAUCGAGUUAGGAAAGAGACAAACUGUGAAAAACAUGGAAGCGUUCUUAUCAGCAAGGAUGAAAGUUUAGAUUUAUGGGUGCACCGCAUUUAUUUAAAAUUCGAAGCUGAAGAUCCAAUUAAAUUUGUAAGACGAUUGUAUAAUGCUGUCACUUGUAGGCAUUUGGUAGAAGAAAGCUUACGGCUCAAUUAUUAUGUUGAUUGUAUGCCCCUAGAUAAAAUUCCUGGCUGGUCGCCGAAAGACGCUGAUGAAAUUCUUUCGAUCACAUUAAGAAACUCUCAGUUACAUCAAAGCAAUGGGUUAGAAAUUUGCAAAAUGCAAUUAAAUUACGAAUUUAAAAGAACAUCCAAUCUGAUAAAAUACAUGAAAGUUACAAGUCAGGAUCCCAAUUUUUUGAAAGAAUUUAAAAGUGCGCAAUUUCGAAAUAUUAAUGUUCCACAUACGACUGGUUCUUUAGUAAAAUUAGAAUAUUCAUUUAAAAAAAGAUUAGAGAGCUUCGAAUGCUAUACCCUGUGGAAUCAAAAAGAAGUAGUACGGGUACUACAAUUAGUGCAAAUCGAGAUAUUGAAUUUAUAUGAUAAAUCUCUUUAUAGCGUACCCACUGACGCUUUAGCCAUUGAACAAUAUGAGAUUCUACAACGAACAGAAUUAAAUAAUAUGGAAGAAUAUAUCCGUGGUCCAUGGAUAACUAAUAUUGUUUUUGCUGUUGAAUCAAAUAUUUGUAAAUGUGGAACUGGAUCUUAUGAUGUGAAUCAGACUCGUUUGCACACUUUUCAGCUGACGAAACUUGGCAAGUUGUUGAAACUGAUUACUUUUAAAAUGGAGGAUGUAAUUCGUUCCUUAGUUAACAACUCAUUGCGGAAGUAUUCUGAAAGGAUAGUAGAAGCUUGUGAAAGUUUAGUAGGUAUGAAAGAAAACUUUAAGUGGUCCGAUGGAUUCUUUAGUGAGAAAUUUUCUCCUACUUGUACCCCAGUGUUUGAAGUAGCCUUGGAAGUAAAAGGACAGCAUCUGAAGUAUAUUGUUGACCUUAAAAAACAUUUAGACGUAGUUAUAGAGUUAUUUGAAGAGGGACUUCACGUCACAAAAGAUUUAGAAAAAAUACAAAAAUUAGUCAUGAAAAGGUUAUUAUACGAUCCACUUGAAAGAUUGAACACAGUUAUGAGCACUGAAGAACAAAUAUCGCAGUGGAGGAAGCUCAUAAUUUCCGGUAUGAGGAAUGCUAUUAUAGUUGCUACAGCUUAUGCCAAAUCUUAUGACAAUACGUUAAAAGCCUUCAAAGAAGAUCAUAUCAAUUACGUUAAACGUUUGUCACGGUCUAAAGUUACAUGCGAGCAGUUAAAGCAGAUAACAGAAAUGCACUACAAAGAAAAAACAGAAUUAUCAGACACCAUACCCACUUUCAUAGAUAUAGGUCCUUUCCGCCUAUUAACAAGCGCUGUUCGCACGACAGCUAUUAAAAAACACGAGCAACUAGCCAGGGCUGUGUUAGAAUACUUUUAUGAAAAGCUCAGGCAGAACAUGGAGGCUAUAAAUGACCAGUUCUUAGUCUUGAUAGACAGAAUUGAGCAACAAACUGGAAAUAUUGAAGACCUUUUGGAAAAAAAGUUAUGGUGUAGAACGGUGCCAAAGAAAAUCGAAAAAAUUUGCUUAGAUGUUAACAGAUUGUCAGAGGACUGCAAACUCAUUGCUUCAUUCAAUAGGAAUAUGGAUGACGAAGACGUCAAUAUCUAUUGGAGAAUUAUGGAACUGCCACAAAAAACAAUGAACAUAUUGAACAGAAGGAUGAGCGAGUUUGACAAUGAAAGAGACAUACACAAAGAAAAUUUAAAAUUUGACCAAGAAAAACUCAAGACAGGCAUAAGGGAUCUCCAACAAGAAAUACAGCUCCUUGAAGAUAAAUUCGACACUAAAAAAGCGUCAACUAUAGCCGCCGAUGUUCGCAGGCUUCGAAAAACCUUGAACACUUACCAAGAACAUGCUCAAUUGUUCAACAAGCGAGAAAAACUCUUUGGUCAAGACCUCACUGAAUAUCCAGAGAUCGAAAACAUUUCGAAUAAUUUAGUACCUUACGAGCUUUUCUGGUUGAGUACUGCAGAAUUUCAUAAGUAUCGUGAACGCGAUCUUUUGGAUCAGCUGGCCUUGGAGCCUGCUCAAUUAAUAGAUUCAAUAACGGAAUUUCGCACAAACCUAGAAAACAGCUUAGAGUAUUUCACUUCAGAUAUUAAUCCUAAAAUAAACGAAGCUGCGAUAAGAGUUAUAGGCGAGAUAGAUGAAUUUUUGAGGAGUAAGAUGGAAGAAUAAAUUUCUACUAUGUAUAUGAUUAUUAUUUGACUUUUGGCAGGUUUUUUUAUUUUAAAAAUAAAAAAUAUAUGGACAAACUAGACUCAUCACUGUUGAGUCUUUUUUAAUGCAAAGGAGGCAUAUAAAAAGUGCAUAGAACCGCAAACGGAGUUUCAAAUUAAACGUUCAAACCUUUGAUGUGUUGCUCAUGUAGAAUCGUCUAUGACAUGCAUGCAAAGUCCAGGGUCUGAUUGGUCAUAGACCUGGAAUCGCUAUUACAGUCCUUAUAUCCAUUUAAAUAAAAAAAAUGUAUUGGAAGAAAAGAGUGAAGUUUUUAAUUUAUUAUCUUAAUUUUAUUGUAACUUGUUUCAUUAUCAUUAUGAAUAAAAAUUUAUUGUAAAACUUCAUAUGUAAUGAAUCAGAGUGGAAACAUUAAAAAGCGUAAUUAUUUAAAUCACUAAAAGGCGCUACAUACAAAUGUAAUGUUUGCUUUAACAGCU